AUGUCGCUGACAAAGAUGUUGAAUAUCUGGGCCCAGAAAAAACCCCUGAGGAACUCCACUUGUCACGAGUCUCCACGCCAUAGAUCUCCACCAGCAAGAAGUGGCCAUCGUUGCGUGGCAGAUAACGCCAACUUGUACGUGUUUGGAGGCUACAACCCUGACUACGAUGAAUCCGGUGGGCCAGAGAAUGAAGAUUACCCGCUCUUCAGGGAACUCUGGCGUUACAACUUCGCUACAGACACCUGGCACCAGAUGGGCACUGAAGGCUACAUGCCCAGGGAACUAGCCUCCAUGUCACUUGUAUUGCACGGCAACAACCUGCUCGUGUUCGGGGGCACCGGGAUCCCCUUUGGGGAAAGCAACGGCAACGACGUCCACGUCUGCAACGUCAAAUACAAGAGAUGGGCUCUGCUCAGCUGCCGAGGAAAGAAACCCAACCGAAUUUAUGGCCAG